GUGUUAUCCUUGGCCAAUAAAUAUCCUAUUUAUCGCAGUGACACGGGGACAAGCUGGGCAGUGGCGAACUGGCGAUACGAGCUAGAGAGAAAGAGGCAGGAGGACUGAUCGAUGGCGGUAGGGGCGUUCACGGAGGGCACCCCCGCCGGCGGCGGGGAAGGGUACAGCGGCCGCGUGACGCCGUUCGUGGUGCUGUCCUGCGUUGUCGCCGGCAGCGGCGGCGUCCUCUUUGGCUACGACCUCGGUAUCUCCGGCGGUAUCACGACGAUGGACUCCUUCCUGAUGAGCUUCUUCCCGGGGGUGUACCGGCAGAAGCAGGACACCAAAAUUAGCCACUACUGCCAGUUCGACAGCGAGCUCCUCACACUGUUCACUUCGUCCCUUUACAUUGCUGGCCUCGUCGCAACUCUGGUUGCGUCGUCCGUCACAAGGAGGUUUGGCCGCCGGUCGUCAAUGCUGAUCGGCGGCACUGUCUUCAUCGUAGGCUCAGUGUUCGGUGGCGCGGCCAUCAAUUUGUCCAUGCUGCUCCUUAACCGGAUUCUACUUGGAAUAGGCCUCGGAUUUACUAACCAGUCAAUCCCAUUGUACCUGUCAGAAAUGGCACCACCGCGAUACCGUGGGGCAAUCAAUAAUGGUUUCGAGCUUUGCAUCAGCCUCGGCAUUCUCUUUGCAAACAUCCUCAACUAUUUUGUCGUGAAAAUUACCGCGGGAUGGGGGUGGAGGAUAUCCCUGUCCAUGGCUGCAGUUCCUGCUGCAUUCCUAACCAUUGGUGCAAUCUUCCUCCCAGAGACACCAAGUUUCAUAAUCCAACGUGACGGCGACUCUGAAAAGGCAAGGGUUCUGCUCCAGAAGCUGCGUGGAACAAUCUCGGUCCAGAAAGAGCUUGAUGACUUGGUCUCUGCUAGCAACAUCUCAAGGACAACCCAGUAUCCAUUCAGAAACAUAUUCAAGAGGAAGUACAGGCCACAGCUUGUGAUUGCACUCCUAAUCCCUUUCUUCAAUCAGGUCACCGGGAUCAAUGUGAUGAACUUCUAUGCACCGGUUCUGUUCACAACAAUCGGUUUCAAGGAGAGCACAUCCCUCCUCUCCUCGGUCGUCACACGCGUCUGUGCAACAUUUGCCAACAUCAUAGCGAUGAUGGUGGUUGACAGAUUUGGGCGAAGGAAGCUUUUCCUUGUGGGCGGUGUGCAGAUGAUCUUAUCGCAGUUCACGGUUGGCGCAAUCCUGGCUGCAAAGUUCAAGGACCAUGGGGACAUGGACAAGGACUAUGUAUACCUAGUGCUGAUCACAAUGUGUGUGUUUGUUGCAGGCUUUGCAUGGUCAUGGGGCCCUCUUACAUUCUUGGUCCCUGCUGAGGUUUGUCCACUGGAGAUAAGAUCAGCAGGGCAGAGUAUUGUGGUUGCUGUAGUUUUCUUGAUGACAUUUGUGAUCGGCCAGACAUUUCUUGCGGUCCUUUGUCGCAUCAAGUCUGCGACAUUCUUCGUCUUUGGUGGGUGGAUUUGCUUGAUGACGCUGUUUGUUUAUUUGUUCCUGCCGGAGACAAAGAAGUUGCCCAUGGAGCAGAUGGAGCAGGUCUGGAGGAGGCACUGGUUUUGGAAGAAGAUUGUAGGGGAGGAAGAGGAAAAGAAACAAGCAGAAGAAGGGGAAAUAGCUUUGCCGAGCUUGUAGCGUGUUCUGAAUUGGGGUGUAUCUGAUCAAACCUGCAAAGAAAACAUAGUAUAGGAUUUUAAUUAGCAAAUGUAACUGCAUAAUUGUAUCUACGUUACUAUCUAAAUUAACUAUAGUAUGUGACUUGUA